AUGACCCGCUACAUCCCGGCGGGCGUCCUGCCGUUCCCGAAGCUCGAGGAGAAGUGGCGCAGCAGCAACGUUUCCUACGGCGUUCUGGUGCAGCCAUCGUUUCUGAGAGUGGACAACAGCUACCUCGUGCGACAGCUGCGCAAACACCCGUGGCUUCGGGGGGUCAUCGUCGUCACGAACGCGGACGGGACGCUGGACUCCGAGGCCGUGAGCCCGCCGUUGCUCGAGGACAUGCACAGGGUCGGCGUCCGCGGUGUCCGCCUGAACCUUCUCAAGAAGUCCGAGGAGGACAUGACGCGCCUCAACGCCGCCAUGAACGUGGAAACGGGAGAUGACGGUUUCGUGAAUCUGUGGGCGUUUAUCAAGGAGCACGACUGGCAUAUCGAGGCGCAGCAGGAGAGCGACGGUUGGGUCGACCUCAUCGAAACCCUCGUCGGCACCGGCUGCAGAAUUGUCGUCGACCACUUCUCGCGGCCUGACCCUGCUCUUAACCUGGAGGACCCGGGCUGGCGAGCUGUCCUACGAGCCGCCAGAGACAACGACAACAUUUACAUGAAGGUCACGGGGACGUACAGGCUCGGCGUCUGCCCGGAGAUUCUCGCCGGGAUGGCGCAAAUCGCGAGGGAGAGCUUCGGCAUCGAGCGUCUCCUCUGGGGCUCCGACUACCCCCACACCGGGUGCGCCGGCCCGGACAUCCGCCACUGCGAGGACAGCCAGGACUACGCGGCGCUGCUGCAGACUGUUCGCGACUGGUACCCCGACGAGGAGGAUCAGAAGAGAGUGCUCUACUCCAACGCCGCCAGGGUGUUCUCGUUCCCGUCGCUCAAUUGUUGAAACGACCGGGUUGUUGUUGGGUUGCCGGGCGAGGGGGAGGGGCCCACAGUAUUUUUGAUUAGUAGUGCAGGUUGAGUAUUUAUUUAUUGAGUAUUUAUUUAGUGCCGGGUGGCCUGAGUGGUGCCGAUGAAGCUGGCUCGGCAGGGACCGACUCCGUAGCGAUGCCACCCGCACGGACUGCCUAUAGCGCCGUUUUUGACGCUACGGCCACAUGGUGCGGUGUGUUUUGUGUUGGAUG